UAUGCCUGUUGCCAUGACUCCACUGGCCACUGGGGAGCGUAAGCAGGGUACGGUGUGCAUCUUUGGCACAGGAGACUUCGGCCGCUCACUGGGGCUUCGUCUGCUGCAGGCAGGAUAUGAGGUCGUGUUCGGCUCACGUGACCCCAAAAACUCGCCCCUGGUGCCCAAGGGUUCAAAGGUCAUGAUUCACACAGAGGCAGCUCGGACGGCUCAGGUGAUCUUCAUAGCCGUGCAGCGGGAUCACUAUGAGUUCCUGACCUCUCUGACCCCUGCUCUGGAGGGCAAGGUGCUGGUGGACAUCAGCAACAACCUGAAGAGGGGCCAGUUCCCACAAUCCAACGCUGAGUACCUGAGCAGCCUGGUGCCGGGAGCGUCCGUGGUGAAAGGCUUCAACACCGUGUCAGCCUGGGCCCUGCAGUCAGGGGCGCUGGACGCCAGCCGACAGGUACUGCUGUGUGGGGAUGACCCUCAGGCUAAGCAGGCAGUAGUGAACAUUGCCCACAGUCUGGGGCUGACUACCCAGGACAGGGGCUCCCUUCGUGCUGCUGGGGAGGUGGAGGACAUCCCCCUACAGCUCUUCCCCAACUGGACGCUCCCUCUCUGGAUCACCACGGGGCUCACCGCCUUCUUCUUCUUCUACCUGCUCAUUCGUGACGUUAUCUACGCCUACGUCGAAAAAAAGCAAGACAUCUCCUAUCGCAUCACGAUCACCCUGGCCAAUAAGGUCUUCCCCAUUGUUGCCCUGGUGAUGCUGGCUCUGUGCUACCUGCCGGGAGCCCUGGCGGCCAUCUUGCAGCUGCAUUGGGGCACAAAGUACCGGCGCUUCCCUGAUUGGCUGGACCGCUGGAUGCUGUGCAGGAAGCAGCUGGGACUCCUUGCGUUGUUCUUCGCCGUUCUGCAUGUGCUCUACACCUUCGUCACCGCCAUUAGGUACAAUGUCAUGCACACCAGGGACACGGAGGUCAUAGCACAGAUCGCAGAGAACAGAACGGUGCCUUUUGACAGCGCCGAGGCCUGGGCGUCCGACGCCUUCUUGUGUCUGGGUGUUCUGGGCCUCGGCACCUUCCUGCUGCUCGGCAUCACCUCUCUGCCCUCCGUCAGCAGCUCGCUAAACUGGAGGGAGUUCCGCUUCAUACAGUCCAAACUGGGAUACCUCACCCUGACGACGUGCACCGCUCACUGUCUUCUCUACGGAUGGGACAAGUUUCUGAAGCCGUCCACCUACAAGUGGUUCACCCCUCCAGGGUUCAUGCUGUGCCUGGUGGUCCCCUGUGCAGUGCUGGUUCUGAAGCUCGCCCUGUCCGUCCCCUGCGUCGACCACAGAAUCACCCGGAUCAGGAAUGGCUGGGAGGGGCCUACCAAGAGGGGGAGUGGCGGAAGAGUGGUUGCCAUGGAGAAAGGCACAACUCUUUGACAUUGACUCUGCACACCAAAGCAGGCCAUACAGAUUGUUUGUAUAGCACAAGCAAGUUUACUUUCAGACAAUAACUAAUUCGAAACAUUAUCACACCCUCCCUCUGGAACGCCCUCCCCAUUCACAUCCGUCAGGCUCCCACCCUAUCGUCAUUCAAACAAGCCCUCAAAACCCACCUCUUCAAACUGGCCGUCACCUGCCAACCCCUGCUCCCUUUCCCAACCCACCUCUUCAAACUGGCCGUCACCUGCUAACCCCUGCUCCCUUUCAAACCCACCUUUUCAAACUGGCCGUCACCUGCUGACCCCUGCUCCCUACCCUUCACCUGCUAACCCCUGCUUCCUUUCAAACCCACCUCUUCAAACUGGCCUUCACCUGCUGACCCCUGCUCCCUUUCAAACCUACCCACCAUUAGAUGAUUCAUUCCGCACAGCUUCUCCAGUUUUCUUUGUUUGUUUUGUUGGCUCCUUUUUGUUCUUUUUGUAUUGUUUGUCUUUGCCCGAUGUAAAGCCUUUGAGUACCUAGAAGAGGGCUAUAUAAAAUGAAAGUAUUAUUAUUAUCACUUGGUUGAUGUCAUUCAUUAUACUCAUCAUACACACUUUGCAUUAAGGAACUUGAACUGGUAAUGACUUUAUACUUUUAUUUAACCUGUACAGAGUGUGCAGGAAUGUGUAAAAGUACAACUGUCCCACGUAAAGUGAAAAAUAAAUCAUCUCUGUAAAA